ACUUUGUAACAAAUUUCUCCGCAAACGCUUCUCAUAAUUUUUAACCCACCGACCAAUGGCCCCGUAACCUGGCGUACAAGAUGUACAUUUGGUGCAGCCUCUUAGCUGGCUUGGCUCUCUUGCCAAUCUUAUUAAAAUCCUUGUUUCCAUACUUGAGAGACGACUGUUGUUACAUGUGGAGAAGCUUAAAGCUGGGCGCACGGCUGACCCUCUACAAGAGACUCAAACCAUUCUACAGCAUUCUAGACCGCUUCUUGGAAACAGCGAAGAAGCAUCCUACCAAGACCUUCCUGCACUUUGAAGGCAAUGCGUACUCCUACUCGGAGGUGGACCGCCGGAGUAACCAGGUGGCCCGUGCCCUGCAGAACCACGCAGGCCUGCAGGCGGGCGCCGCGGUGGCGCUGCUCCUGGGGAACGAGCCCGGGUUCGUGGUGACCUGGUUGGGCCUGGCCAAACUGGGUUGCUCGGCCGCGCUGCUGAACACCAACAUCAGGGCCAAGGCGCUCCUGCACUGCUUCUCGUGCUGCGGCGCCAAGGUGCUCAUCGCCUCGGCAGAGGUAAAGGAUGCGGUAGAGGAAGUGCUGCCGGCGCUCAUCGAGAAGGGCAUCAGCGUGUACUUGCUGGCGGACACCUGCAGCACCGAGGGCAUCGUGCCCCUGGCCCAGAAGAUCUCUCAGGCCUCGGAGCAGCCGCUGUCCCCGGACCACCGGGCCAACGUCACCGUCAAGAGCACCGCGCUCUACAUCUACACCUCAGGCACUACAGGUCUACCUAAGGCAGCCAUCGUGACCCAGGAGAGGGUCUGGGCGGCGUCCUUCAUCAUGGCGGUGUCCGGGAUCAGCUCUGAUGAUGUCAUGUACAUCAACCUCCCGCUCUACCACAGCGCUGGCUUCUUGAUCGGGAUGUGUGGCUCCAUUGAGAGGGGUAUGACCUUUGUUCUGAGGAGGAAGUUCUCUGCCUCUCAGUUCUGGGAGGACUGCAGGAGGCACGACGUGACAGUGAUGCAGUACAUCGGGGAAACAAUGCGGUACCUCUGCAACACGCCCAGGCAAGGGAAUGAAAAAGACCACAGAGUCAAGUUUGCCAUCGGGAACGGCAUCCGCACCGACGUCUGGACCGAGUUCCUAAAGCGCUUCGGAGAUAUCAAAGUCAGGGAGCUGUACGGGGCCACGGAGGGCAACAUCGGCUUCAUCAACUACACCUCAAAGAUCGGGGUGGUGGGCCGGGUGAACCUCCUCCACCGGAGAUUCUUCCCGUACCUUUUAAUCAAGUUUGACAUCGAGAAAGAGGAGGCGGUGAGGAACGCAGAGGGCCUGUGCAUCCCGGCGGCCAAGGGUGAGACCGGACUCUUAGUGGGAGCCAUUACUAAAAUCUCUCCGUUCAAUGGCUAUGCUGGGAACCAGCAGCAGACGGAUAAGAAACGUCUGAGCAACGUGCUGAAGCAGGGGGACCUGUACUUUAACAGCGGGGACCUGCUCCGCAUCGACCACCAGGGCUUUGUGUACUUCCAGGACCGGGUGGGGGACACCUUCAGGUGGAAAGGGGAGAACGUAGCCACGGCGGAGGUCGGAGACAUCCUGACCACGUCUCACUGCAUCUAUGAGGCCAACGCUUACGGGGUGAAAGUGGAAGGCCACGAGGGGAGAAUCGGGAUGGCAGCCGUCACUCUGAAGGAAGGGGAGGAGUUUGAUUGUUCGGACGUUUACAAGCAAGUCGUAAACUACCUCCCCUCGUAUGCUAGGCCCUGCUUCAUCAGGGUGCAGGGCUCUCUGGAACUGACUGGUACGUUCAAGAUGAAGAAGGUGAAGCUGGUGGAGGAGGGCUUCGACCCCUCCCUCAUCUCCGACCCCAUGUACUUCCUGGACCCCCAGAGAAAGACUUACGUUCCGCUCACCGAGAACAUCUACGCGUCUAUAUCUGCCGGGGCGGUGAAACUCUGAGACCGGCACUGGAAGUGAAAUCUGAUAAUGUGAUUCUUAAGGAAAGGUUUUGUCAUGUUUUUUGUGCAAGCAAGCUUAACCGCCUGUUUACAGAAGUGUCGUACUGGCUCAAGGUAGGACUCAUAACUCAGCUAAUAAUAAUGCAGGGAUAGAUUUUUAAGAUCCAUUUUAAGAUCUUUUUAAUUUAACAAAACUCUAGUUUGUAAUUUUUGUAUGAACAUAGGCCAUCAUUGUCAGAUAUUGAGGCACUUUUGAGUAAUGUUUUAUUGUCAAUCAUUAAAUUGUGAUUAAUAAAAGGAAAUGUUUUCUCAA